AUAUAAAUGAGGUCUCUCAUUCUUCUACCUAGGAUUUCGAGUUAGGUAACAAUAUAGACAAGGCAAGAUCACACACGAAAUAUACAGUGUGUUUUCUGUUGUAUCAGUGGGUGUGUUUUUACUUUCUAGUUCAUUUUGGUGAAUUGCAAUCACGAUGAAAAUAGCGUGCUUAGUGAUAUUCACCUGUGCAUGUACGUGUGUAUUAGCCGAACCUGCCAUAAGUGAAGUUAGACCAGUAUCCAACAGACCAGGACGAUUUUUGUCGUUGCCUGUACCACAAAAAUGUGCAAAUAGACCAAAACAAUUCUUCUUCAAGGGCCACAAUUACUUCUACAGUGGUAGCGUACCUGAAUUAGCCAAUAGAAAAGUAGACUGGUUAGACGGUAGGAAUAUUUGCAGAGAAUAUUGUAUGGAUUUAGUUUCUAUGGAAACACAGGAAGAAAAUAAUAUGAUCUUCAGACUCAUCCAACAAAAUGAUGUCCCAUUCAUCUGGACAUCUGGAAGAUUGUGCGAUUUCAAAGGUUGCGAAAACCGCGCUGAUCUCGAACCCAAGAACAUCUUCGGUUGGUUCUGGUCUGCUAACCGAGAAAAGAUCCAACCGACCAAUAGAGUACCAAACGGAUGGAGCUACAACCCAUGGUCGCAAACAGGUCACAAGAAACAACGUCAACCAGAUAACGCUGAAUUCGACAUCAACAGAACCUCAGAAUCCUGCCUGUCAAUUUUGAAUAAUGUUUAUAAUGACGGUAUUGCAUGGCAUGAUGUGGCUUGUUAUCACGAAAAACCCAUCGUUUGUGAAGAUUCUGAAGAGUUAUUGAAUUAUGUAGCAUCCACGAAUCGUGGAAUUCGUUUAUAAAUAAGUUUUAUACUUUUAUUAGAUUCUUUGUUAUAGUUUUCAGAAUUUCAUCGAACAAAAAAAUCCAAAAAUUGUUAAUAAAAUAAUUAACCAUAAUAUAUUCAGUACCAGUUGGGAUCAGGUCCAAUUUUGUUGCAAACAUUAUACAACAAAAUAAAAACUUUUUUCCUUAAAUUGUAGGUAUGAAUUUUUUCAAAUUGAUAAUAAAAGUAAAAAAAGUAUAUGCUCUAUAUUAUCAACACAGCUUUUACGUAAAUUAGUUAUAUUUUUCUAUUGGUAAUAAUAAUAAUAAUAAUAAGGGGUGGGUAAUUUAUAAUGAGUAACCCCAUACACGUAGUGAUUCAGCUUUUUGACUUAUGACUCAUUUUUAAUUUUGCACUACCUUUUUCUAAACAUGGGAAUGAAAAAUUACAAUUUGGAAAAAAUGCAAGAAACAUCACGAAAAAUUCUAAUAAAUUUAACUAUUUCACUGGAUUCUCAUACUAUUCUUUGAAUACCCCAAAUAUCUGUAAUUUUAUUAGCAUUGAAAUAACUCAACAUCAAAAUAGGAAUUCACAAAAAAGCUUAUUUGUGUUAAAUCAAUUUCUGUAUAGAAUCGGUCUACAGUUAUGUCAUUUUAACAGCAAUAAAACAUAUACAUCCUUAAAAUUAGACUAGUACUUUAAGUGGCCUUAAGUAUUAUUGAUACUUACUUUGGUGCUGAAACGUAUAACAUUAUUCGUUUUAGUCAAAAGGAAUUUACUCUUAUGAUUCACCAUUGAAAAAACAAAAAUUUUGCCACAACUGCUUUCUACCACAAAGUUGGAUUGUUUUUCCUUUUAUUCGUUAGUCUACGUCGAUUAACAAAUCAUUUAAACAUACAUCUGGUGAUUUCUAUGGCAACAUAACGUGAAGCUAAAUUUUCCAAUUAAAUUUUAACCUCACUUUUAUUGUUAGCAGGAUAACUGUCUUGCUUAAACCGUAUAUUCAUUCAUACAUUCAAAAGGUUCUUCUAAUUUGAUUUUGAAUCAUAUUUGUCCAAAAUUUCAUCUGUUAAAUAUUUUUCUUGAAAGCCAAAGACAAAUCAUCACUCACACUUUCCCACUACAUUCUGGUAAAGAGGUAUCCAAUGGGACAGUUGAAUUGUUUCCACUACUGUAUCAAUGUAAUAUAAAACUAGUUUUCCUUUUUUUAAGCAAACUUCAUUUCGGAAAUCCUUUGGUAAAGAUUUGAAUUAGUGUAAGUAGUUCAACAUCUUUCUAUAACCGGUUUAACAUGUCAUUCGGCUUGUUACGUUUUUCUUCAAACAUUUUGAAAAUUCCGUUUUUCACGUAUUUUGGCAAAUUAGUCAGUUCGGAUUUUUGAAGAUAUUAAUUUGUUAUCGACCUCCCACUUCCAAUCGAGAAAUUUAAUAACCUCGAAAUUGAAUCAAAUACUUCCUCUACACUUCGAAUCAAAGUAAAUUUUACUAAAUUUGUAGUAAUUUUAUUCUUUAUAUUCGAUGGUAGGUUUUUGCUUGUUAUUUUCUCAUCUUUCUUUAAGUAGUAUUGUGCAACACACAUAUUUUUAAUCAUGUAAGACAUUGUUAAUGGUCUCGUCUAUUUUUCACACUUUUUGACUUUUUUUUGAGAAUUACUAACGAUGUUAUCUUGUCUCAUCUUAUGGUUGAAAUAUUUAGGAUUUCAUUAUUUUUUUCUCAACUAUAUUUUAACAAUUCAUAUUUUAAUCAAUUUUACCGUUCCAAUGUUUGAUUUUUUAACUUAGUAUUGAAACUGAUCAUUAUUUUUUUGUUAACCUUAUGGUUAUUAUUGUUAUAUGUUAUAGGAUUUACAGCAUUUUGCUAUCAAUAGAUUAACAUUAAGACUUUAAAGUCUUAGCUUCGAUUAGAAGAGCAGCUUUUUUUUCGCUGCUCUUUUUUCCCUAUUGUUUCAUUUAGUAUUUUCAAUAAGUGAGCACUACUAUACUUUCUUGUUACUAAUCACCCCAACUUGUUGUUCUAGAUUGGUAAGUUUACAAGAAAAGUAAUUCUUUGAAUUUCUUUUUGUCUCUGAGGAGAAGAGAUGUAACAUAAUUUUUGUUUAUUAUAUUAGUGCAAGUAAUUGGAGUGUAAACAAAAACUGAAAAUUAUUUAUUAGUAUGUGAUUUAAAUAAAUAAGUACAAAUUGUGUAUUUGUGACACAAAUAUUUCUCAACCAAAUUUACUGCCUAAUGAAUGUGUUCAGUAAACAUUAAAUUUCUAAUCUUUUUGAUUUUGAAAACUGUAACAAUUGAGGAUAUUUUUCUGUACAGCAGAUGUUUCCAUUCUCUUGCUAAUCUUUUUAUUUCAAUUAGGGUCUUUCCUUUCUUAUCUCCUAUUUUCCUUAUUUGGUCUAUCUACUUCCUUCUCGGACUAUCUCUUUUUAUAGUACUUCCUGCUUCCAUAACUUUUUUUGUAACCCCAAUUUCCUCUUCGUAUAAUUUUAAACAUUGUAAAAAAGAUGUAUAUUUAUUUUUAUAAUAGUUUAUAUUUUUCAUAAGUGCAGCUAUAUUAUUGUAAAUUUCAGAAUUGCUUUAACAUCAGCUUGAUAGUAAGUUUGUUUCUUAAUAUUAAGAAAUCACAUACUUAUGUAGACCCCUUCCUAAUAAACAAACAUAGAUCUUUUAAGCUCAGGAAAAGCUGGAUCUGGAAUCACUAUAAAGAACUAGUCAAUGUUGUCAGAUUGUGUCUUAUAUGUUUAGAUAUAAUAAAAGUUUUUUUUUGUAUUUGGGAUUUAAUAUCUUAAUAGUUUCAAAGGAUUUGUAUGAGUAGUUUUCAGAACCAGUAGACCUCUGUUCUAUCUGUGAUACCCAACUUCUUUGCGCCCUACUAAAGUAUUUGCCUCUUUUAUAUUUUGAAUACACUAUUCAUUAAUUCAUAUUUAUGAGGGUUUUAGUUUUUCAUACUCUAACAAUGCACUGAAAUAUCUCAAAAAGUUUUUAUUUGUACGUUGAAAAAUCUAGAAGAUUCGAUUUUGAAAAAAUUUGAAUAUUUUACAAUGUGUUUAGACAGGGGUGGCUUUAAACCUACAAAAGUAUGUGAUUAUGUAAUAAUAUGAUUUUUGGUUUUUAUUUAUGGAAUUAAUAAAUGUCUUUUAUUUUA